UUCGACUCCGCCCUCUCACUUCUCCUCGUCUCCGUUCGCUCCCUCGACCACCUCCUCCUCCGCAUGCCUUCGACUCCGCGCUCCCUUCUUUAACUUUCCCAUCCGAGCUCACCUUUCUAUCCUCCUUUUCUUCCUCCGUAGUCCCUGAGUAGAUUUAUGACAUUUGGACAAUCCACGAACUGCCAAUUCUUUUAGAUCCUCCACGGGAGGAUUCAUCCCAAAGAUUACAUGGUUCAUAAGUUUCCAGUUGUGGAUCUCCCACCCAAUGUUACCCUCAGGUUCCUGAGGUCCUACCUCAGCUCUGGCCAACUGGAACGUGCCCGAGACCUGUUCGACAGAAUUCCACACCCUGAUUUGCGCUCGUUGACCAUCUUGAUCUCUGCUUUCACAAAGAAUAAUCUUCCCAAAGAAUCCAUAAGGUUCUAUCGGACGCUUCGGGAAAACAAGGGCCUCGAGCCUGAUCGUUUGGUUCUGCUUUCUGUGGCCAAGGCAUGCGCCAAUUCUUCCGAUCUCGUUGAAGCCAAAUGGGUGCACGAGGAGGCUGUCAAGUUUGGAUUUUCCUCGGACCUUCUCCUGGGUAAUGCACUGAUCGACAUGUAUGGGAAAUGUGGAUUUCAUGACGGGGCUAGGAGAGUCUUCGAUGACUUGCCGCAAAAGGAUGUGGUCUCCUGGACUUCUCUCAUUUCGGCUUGCAUGAGUUGCAGGAUGCCGGUAGAAGCAUUGCAAGUCUUUAGUGAUAUGUUGCAUCUUGGAGUAAAACCAAAUUCAGUCACUCUGUCAACUGUCCUUCGUGUCUGCUCGGAGUCAAAGGCAUUGGAUGUUGGAAGACAAAUUCACUGUCAAGCACUUAGAAGGGCACUCGAGGAUGAUGUAUAUCUAGGUAGUGGACUAGUGGAUGUGUAUGCUAGUUGCUCAAGUAUCAGGCAAGCCAGGAUUGUUUUUGAUACAAUUCCAUACAAAGAUACUGUGUCUUGGAUUGUGAUGUUAGCUGCUUAUUUUGUCGAUGGGGAAUGCGAAGAGGCUCUGAAGCUAUUUGAGCUAAUGAGAUCUGGAGGGGUUGCUUUGAUCUCUGCUUCAUGGAAUUGCAUGAUCAGUGGGCUUGCACAAAAUGGAAGGCCAGAAGAAGCAUUCAGAAUGUUGGGUCAAAUGCAACAGUUGGGGUUCAAGCCAAACCAUAUCACAGUGGUUAGUGCACUGCCAGCUUGCUCCUACAUUGAGAGUUUAAGAAGAGGGAGAGAGAUUCAUGGAUACAUUUUCAGGCAUCGGAUUUUGGAGGGUAUGGUGCCCUUGACAGCUCUAGUUCUAAUGUACGCCAAGUGUGGGGACUUGGAUAAGGCCAGAGAGGCCUUCAACCAGAUGCCCAGGAAGGAUACAGUUGCAUGGAACACAAUGAUCUUGGCAAAUUCGAUGCAUGGAUGUGGUGAGGAUGCAUUAGCAGUAUUCCACCAAAUGCUAGAAUGUGGUGUCAAACCUAAUUCGGUCACAUUUACGGUGGUUUUGACUGGUUGCAGCCAUUCACAGCUUGUUGAUGUGGGCAAGUCGAUCUUUAAUUCAAUGAGCACACAACAUGGUCUUCAACCUGAUGCUGAUCAUUAUGCCUGCAUGGCUGAUGUCCUCUGCCGUGCUGGUCAUCUUGAGGAGGCAUAUGGAUUCAUUCAAAGCAUGCCCAUGCAGCCAACGGUGGGCGCAUGGGGCGCAUUGCUUGCAUCAUGUAGAGUGUAUAAGAAUGUGGAUUUAGCAAAGAUUGCAGCAGCACAUCUUUUUGAAAUUGAACCAGAGAACCCUGGGAACUAUGUGUUGCUAUCAAACAUACUAGUUGCCGCCAAGCUGUGGGACGAUGCUUCUAGCAUCAGAAUGUUGAUGAGGGACAAGAUGAGGGACCGAGGCGUUACAAAAGUACCUGGAUGCAGCUGGGUUCAGAUAAGGAACAAGGUUUACACAUUUGUUAAAGGCGACGAUAGGAACGCUCUGCGAGACGAGAUAUAUGGUUUUCUGAAAGAGAUCAGGGAGAAGAUGCGGCUGGAGGGUUAUCUUCCCGACACUGAUUACGUUUUACAGGAUGUAGACAAAGAGGAAAAGGAAGAAUUGUUGUGCAGUCACAGCGAAAAACUUGCGGUUGCAUUUGGCAUUCUUAACUUGAAAGGAGAAUCAGUCAUUCGGGUGUUCAAGAACUUGAGAAUCUGUGGAGAUUGUCACAGUACCAUCAAGUUCAUGGCCAAGAUAAUUGGGGUGCAGAUAAUUGUCAGAGACAAUGUGAGGUUUCACCAUUUCAGGUAUGGUUCUUGUUCGUGUCGGGAUCUGUGGUGAUCUAUUGAAUUGCUUCAUCUGUGAUGAUCUCUGAGGUUGAGGAGUUAUACUUGUUAUGGUUAAGUAAAUUAAAAGAGUCAAAAUAUUUAUAUAGUGUCAAUUUCAUGAUGUACUGAUAUUGAAUAUUUUGGACAUUGAUAGCCUAAACAUAAUG